GUCCAGCCCCUAGAAGAGAGAAUAGCUACAGAUUCUCCAUCCUCAGUCUUUGCAAGGGGACGGCUGUGCCAGCCAGCCCAGGCAGGCUCCUGGCAGCAUGGCAGUGAAGCUCGGCGCCCUCCUGCUGGUCCUUGCACUCAGCCUGGCGCAGCCAGCCUCGGCCCGCCGGAAGCUCCUGGUGUUUCUGCUGGAUGGUUUUCGCUCAGACUACAUCAGUGAUGAGGCCCUGGAGUCCUUGCCUGGUUUCAAAGAAAUCGUGAGCAGGGGAGUAAAAGUGGAUUACUUGACCCCAGACUUCCCCAGUCUCUCUUAUCCCAAUUACUACACCCUAAUGACUGGCAGACAUUGUGAGGUCCAUCAGAUGAUCGGGAACUACAUGUGGGACCCCAACACCAACAAGUCAUUUGACAUAGGUGUCAACAAAGACAGCCUGAUGCCUCUCUGGUGGAAUGGAUCAGAACCUCUGUGGAUCACGCUGACUAAGGCCAAAAGGAAGGUCUAUAUGUACUACUGGCCAGGCUGUGAGGUUGAGAUUCUUGGUGUCAGACCCACUUACUGCCUAGAAUAUAAAAAUGUCCCAACGGAUAUCAAUUUUGCCAAUGCAAUCAGUGACGCUCUGGACUCCUUCAAGAAUGGCCGGGCUGACCUGGCAGCCAUAUACCAUGAGCGCAUUGAUGUAGAAGGCCACCACUACGGCCCCUCGUCACCUCAGAGGAAAGACGCCCUGAAGGCUGUGGACACCGUCUUGAAUUACAUGACCAAGUGGAUCCAGGAGCGGAAGCUGCAGGACGACCUCAAUGUCAUCAUCUUCUCGGAUCAUGGGAUGACUGACAUUUUCUGGAUGGACAAAGUGAUUGAGCUGAAUAAGUACAUCAGCCUGAAUGACCUGCAGCAAGUGAAGGACCGAGGGCCUGUCGUGAGCCUGUGGCCAGCUCCUGGGAAACACUCUGAGAUAUAUAACAAAUUGAGAACAGUGGAACACAUGACUGUCUACAAGAAAGACGACAUACCAAGCAGGUUCCAUUACAAGAAAGGGAAAUUCGUCUCUCCUUUGACCUUAGUGGCCAAUGAAGGAUGGUUCAUAACUGAGAAUCGGGAGAUGCUGCCGUUUUGGAUGAACAGCACUGGCAGGAGGGAGGGCUGGCAGCGUGGAUGGCAUGGCUACGACAAUGAGCUCAUGGACAUGAGGGGCAUCUUCCUGGCCUUUGGACCUGAUUUCAAAUCCAACUUCAGAGCCGCUCCAAUCCGCUCAGUGGAUGUCUACAACGUCAUGUGCAACGUGGCAGGCAUCGCCCCCCUGCCCAACAACGGGUCCUGGUCCAGGGUGAUGUGCAUGCUGAAGGGCCAGGCCAGCUCAGCUCCGUCUUUCCUACCCAGCGGCUAUGCACUGGCCUUGCUUCUCCUCUCGCUGUUUCAAUAGCUGCUCCUUUGUUGUCCCAAACACUCAGCCAAGUGGACCUCCGUGGUGGAAAGGUUUUCAUUUUCUGUUUGAAUAAUAGCUUCAUUACCAAUCAAGGCCACAGAAAUUGUGACUAUAUUAUUCUUGGAUGAUUCUAUACAUAAAAGUCCCUACUUCAAAAAAAAAACACAAAAAAACCCAAACUUUAUUUUUUCUGGAGGUAAGGAGAGCCUUAUUCUUCAUUUGUUUGACUCUGUCAUUUUCCCCUUUCUUUUCAUGUAGUAACUUGGAUGAACUGUGUAAGUAGGGGCCUGCCCUGUAGCAAACAGCCUUUGAGCGGAUGCUGCAUGGAAGUCCUGGGCCCUGCUCUGUCCCGCCUUGCACAGGGCAGGCCCUGGUCUGUGCCCUGUCCACACCCAGGAGCCAACCUCGGGAUCUAUGGCCGCUGUCCUAUACUGCUACUUCCAUCCUAGAAAAAGGAGGUUCCACAUGACAGCAGUAGCUGCCAUCUGUUUCUGAUUCAGCUCAUGGAGUUUUUCCAUUUUAUACAAAGUCCCAGAAAGGGUAUAUCUUAGCUUGGGUCACCACCAAUCAAUCAAAAUCCCUAAGGACUGGAGAACUCAGAAUAAGGUGACAGGCAUGGGUUCUCUCCCAAAGUCUAAAUGCACAAAAAUGUCUCCCGGGCCUUGAGGAGCAGAAACACAAUAGAUCUGGGCUUCUGUGCAGCUUCUCACAGUGUACUACAGCCUGAAACCUUGCACAUUGUUGAUGGAUUGACGCUUGCCCGCCUGUCGUGUGAAGGCUUACUCAGAGACCGCCACUCUGGAUCCCAACACAGCACGGAGACUGUGUAGAACCUAACAUGCCAUUACAGUGGGGAAAGGCGUGUCUUACUGAGAGUGUGGACAUACCUGCGGAAACCUCAGCUCAUCGCUUGGAAUGGUGAUGCAUUCAGCAUACGUUUUAUGCACCGGUGUCCUGGAGCCGUGCUUGUUUAACAACAGCAAAGGGGAUCCUGGAGUGACCCAGAAUUCCAAGGAACAUGGAGGGGGAAGCGGGGGGGAAUGAACAUGAUGGAGUCAAAUCCCCAUCACUAACCAACGAGCCACUUGAUUAGGAAACAGUGUGGUUGAAGGGCCACCUCAGACUAAAUUCUUCAGACGCCUUGAGAUGAGCCAUUGAGCCUGGGCUGAAAUGUUCUUAGUUUAAUAAUGUAAGUUUGUUGUAAAACAAGGGAUAACUGCGUUUUCACAUGAUGGGAGUCAUGUACAUAUAUCGUUGCAUUUAAAAUGACUUUGCACUAAAUGAGGCACGUUUGCCAAGGAGACUUUUUGUCAGGAAAAGAACACCUCAGGUCUCAGGACGAUGAAGCCCUUUCCAGGGUGUUUACCGUGAAAAAUGGUUAUCAACGCUCACUCCGAUUCAAGGAGGCGGGGAGCCGUCUCUGUGCCUUGAAGCAUGACAGCAAAGGAUCGCUGAUGAAAAACAUCGAAUUUAUCUUCACAAAAGAUUUCUAAGGGUUUAUGUAACAUGUUUUUAAAACGGCAGAAAAGCAUUGAAUCAAUUGGAAAGGAGGCAAAUCAGCCGUUGUUGUCUGGCUGAAAGGAAAUUAGUGCUCUCAGGACAUGGGCAGUGGUUGCUGAAAGUAGCAUCUCUUGUUCAAAGUUUCUUUUCUCCUUUAAGGACGGUGUUCUAAUGAAUUCAGCGGAGCCCACCUUUCUUCCUUGUGAAGGAAGGAUGCUUAAAAGAUAGCCGAGCGAUUAAAUUAAAAGUGGAUCCUCCAAAUCAAAAGGGCUGUUAACAUGGACAGAGUCAUGCAUUUGUCUUUCCUGGUCUGGUCUACCAUUUGCCCCCCUCCCAUUCUUAAAAUCUUCCAACUACCUAUUAAAAUUUCAAAUAGUUGUCUGACAAAGUAUCGUUACUCAAUAACUAAUCUUGAAUCAAUGAAUGAGAAUAAGAUACUUUUGGAGUUAGUACUAUUGGUAAAUAAUUGAGAAAAUUCAGCCACUGAAUGGAGAAAAUACUUUUUGCCUAAAAUAACGCAUACAUUUUAGUAGGUUAAUUCUUUGGCUAAAGCUUUUUUUCCUUUGAUUUUUGUUUUAAAGUAACAUUAUUUUCCCUAGGAAAAGUCUACUUUCUCUAAAUAGUUUUGUUUCACAGGAGUAAAAUCUGUGAGGAAUACAUAUAGACACCUUUUCUCCUGGAUUAUUUUACUACUUCAUUGCUAAUUCCAGGAAGAAGAUAAUUGCAUUGACCUGCAAAUACUGAAGGUAAAUGAAAGGAAUGAUCCUUAAAUUGAUGAGAUGAAUGGCUACUUUCCCUGCUCAUACGCGAAAGCUCCAGAACCCAAUUCAAUUAAGUUCUGAAGACUUAAGCAUAAAUUAGAACAGGUUCAGGGAAUUUUUUCUAGCCUCGAAGAAUCCUGAAUUAUUAGGGAGGUGCAAAAGUAAUUGCAGGUUUGGCAAUUGUUUUUAACCUUUUAAACCACCAUUACUUUUGCACCAACCUAAUAUAAAGUUCCAACUCUCUUUGCUUUUAAAGGGACCUUGGAAAUCCAGAUCUGAGUUCAGUCACAGACAGCAGUUUGUAAAUGUUCUGAGACUGUAAGCAUCAUCUGACCCACCUUCAGAGAUGCAGGUUCAUGGGACCGGGGUGGGGCCUCAGGCAACACUCUUAAAUCACGCUGAUCUAAGAUUUGGAUUUGCUCUAAAGAAAAACGAGUUCUGAUUUGACCCUGGUAGACCUGAGUCUCCUGACAGCAAUUUCAUAACCAACCAGUUUCUCCAGGGACCAUUAGGCUGGCGUAAGCUGCUGAUCCCAGCUGGGUCAAGUUUCCAGCCCUCUUUAAACCAAAGCAGAUCUGUACCCCCCCCGUGAUGGAGAGAGGAACCAGACAGGCACACUGGACUUCUCCACAUCCUGCUCCUUGUGGGUCUAAGAUUCCCAACGGUGCUAUCAGACAAACUCAUUGUUCAAGACACACAGUUAUUUUAUGUCCUAAGAAAGUGUUUUGCAUUUCUGUAAAUAUCAAGAGAUUUCCAAAAUUGUGUUAUUCUUUCUAAGCAAUUUGUGAUAGACCAAAGUCAGUGCUCAAAAAACUACUAGAAGGAAGGGAGGGUGUAGCGUUGGCCGACUGGUUAUAAACAUGUGAAAUUUGGUCUCAGGUACAUGCGAUGAAGAUACACUUCUAUAUUGCUUUGAAAUCAUAAAAUAGCACCUAGUGCAAUGCCUCAAAUGUUUAAUAAAUGUCCCAUAAAUAUGUGUUGAAUGAAAAAAGAAUAAAUGUUAUUAAGAAGAUUUGCUUACAUCUCAGAUAUUCUCUCUCUGCCUGUAGUUCCUCAAAUUAAAUGAACUUUUCACUUUUGGUUUGCUAUUUUUCUUAU